AUGCCGCCAACUCGCCCUCUUCCCCAAACCCCGUCUCCGAUCGCGGCACUCCACCGCUUCCUCGCCUCGCCCUCCCCGCCGCUCCCUUCGCUUCCCGGCCUCCACGCGCUCGCCGUCACCUCCGGUCUCUCCUCGCGCCCCGACUUCGCCGCCAAGCUCGUCUCCGCCUACUCCUCCGCCGGCCGCCCCGGCCUCGCCGCGCUCGCGUUCGCCGCCUCACCCUGCCCGGACACCUUCCUCUGGAACUCCCUUCUCCGAUCCCACCACCGCGCCUCCGACUUCGCCUCCGUGCUCUCCGCGCACCGCCGCAUGCGCGCCUCGGGAGCGCGUCCCUCCCGCUUCACCGCGCCCCUCGUCGCCUCCGCCGCCGCGGAGCUCGGCGCCCUCCAGGUAGGCGCCGCCGUCCACGCGUGCUCCGUCAGGUUUGGCCUCCUGGAGGGUGAUGGUUCCGUCGCCGUCGCGUCGUCGCUGGUGCACAUGUACGCCAGGUGCGGCAGCGUCCGCGAUGCCGUGAGGUUGUUCGACGAAAUGCCCGAGACGGACGUGGUCGCGUGGACCGCCGUGAUCUCCGGGUGCGUGCGUAACGGGGAGUGCGGGGAUGGACUGAGCUACUUGGUGCGAAUGGUUAGGUCUGCAGGUGAUGGCGGGGCGAGGCCAAACUCACGGACAAUGGAGAGUGGGUUGGAGGCCUGCGGGGUGCUAGGGGAACAGUGUGCUGGGAGGUGCUUGCAUGGGUAUGGGGUGAAGUCCGCAUUUGGACACUGCCCGUUGGUGGUUUCAUCGCUUUUUUCUAUGUACACGAAGUGCGACCGCACUGAGGAUGCAUGGAUUUUGUUCCCAGAGUUGCCGGAGAAAGAUUUGGUUUCCUGGACCAGCUUGAUUGGAGCAUACUGUAGGAGAGGCCAUGUUGAGAAGGCCGUGGAGUUGUUCCUGGACAUGGAGGAGUCUGGUCUGCAACCAGACGAGGUUGUUAUUAGUUGUUUACUAGCAGGGUUGGGUAAUAAUGCUAGUGUGCGUAGAGGGAAGGCAUUCCAUGCAGCUUUAGUGAGGAGAAACUUUGGAAAUAGUGUUUUGAUUGGCAAUGCUUUGAUCUCGAUGUAUGCAAAGUGCAAACAAGUUGAUAUUGCAGGCGCAGUUUUCAAAAUGUUGCAUCAACGAGAUGCAGACUCAUGGAGUUCAAUGGUCGUAGCCUAUUGCAAGGCUGGACUUGAUCUGAAAUGCUUGGAGUUUUAUCGAGAAAUGCAGUUCAGAGCCAAGGAUGAACUUGAAUGUGACACCAUCAGUUUGGUUUCUAUAAUUUCUUCUUGUUCAAGGCUUGGCAGACUACGAUCAGGUCAAUCAGCACAUUGUUAUUCAAUCAAACACUUAAUUGGUGAAAAUUCAUCAGUUGCAAAUGCAUUAAUUAGCAUGUAUGGAAUGUGUGGAAAAUUUGAGCUUGCACUGAGAUUAUUUGAUCUGAUCAAAACAAAAACAGAUGUUGUCACGUGGAAUGCAUUAAUUUCCAGCUACUCUCACCUGGGGUAUUCAAAGGAUGCUUUGUUCUUGUAUGAUCAGAUGCUCACCGAAGGUGUUAAACCCAACUCAACAACUUUGGUCACUGUCAUUUCAGCUUGUGCCAAUUUGGUUGCAUUGGAGCGUGGAGAGCUCAUGCACUCUUAUGUGAAAGAUAUGGGUUUGGAGUGUGAUGUAUCAAUUAGCACAGCACUUGUUGACAUGUACACGAAAUGCGGGCAACUUCACAUUGCCAGAGAAAUCUUUGAUUCCAUGCUCGAAAGGGAUACUGUUACUUGGAACGUGAUGAUAUCAGGCUACGGGAUGCAUGGUGAAGCAAAACAAGCAUUAAAACUAUUUAGUAUGAUGGAAGGAGGAAAUGUUAAGCCUAACAAUCUCACUUUUCUUGCCGUGUUAUCUGCUUGCUGCCAUGCAGGGCUUGUUGAUGAGGGUAGGAAGUUGUUUACUAGAAUGGAGGAAUACUCCGUUGAACCUAACCUGAAGCACUAUGCUUGUAUGGUGGAUCUCCUAGGGAAAUCUGGCCAUCUUGAAGAAGCAGAAGAUAUGGUUUCUGCAAUGCCAAUAAAACCUGAUGGUGGAAUAUGGGGAACUUUACUUGGUGCCUGCAAAAUGCACGGCAAUUUAGAAAUGGGGUUACGGGUUGCAACAAAGGCGUUUGCUUCUGACCCAGGAAAUGAUGGGUACUACAUUUUGAUGUCAAAUUCAUAUGGUAGUGCUGAGAAGUGGGACGAAAUAGAGAGACUAAGAGACAUGAUGAAGAGUUAUGGAGUAGAAAAGAAUAUAGGUUGGAGCACAGUUGAUAUUUAUGGAUGAGUUCAAUUGGGCCAUGCCUUUUCCUGGAUCCUCAAGAGUAGUUGUGAUCUAGUUCACUUGUCUAUGGAUAUGCUCAUCUUAUAGGUUGAUGAAAAAUCUGCUGAUAUAAUGGCAGUGUUGUCUCGUUGACCAGUCUGGAUUUAGAAGUUCAGAGGAUAUGUGCAUUUUGUUUGUCUCUAGGUGAAUGAAUUAACAGUACAGGGAAUGUGUGGGAACUGGUAAAUCCAUCAAAAUUUAGGAUCAAAGCCCAAAGGGUACCAUGACAUGGGAGUUGGAUGUAAUAUAAGUUUCCUGAUGUUGUUGCCACCAUAAAGGUUGAGCCCUUGCAGAGGGUUACUCUGUUGCUUGUGGAGAACAAUAUUAGUAAUAUAUUAUGCAGCAUAUCAUAAAAGAGAAAAUUGUCAUGGUUCAGCUAAAGGUGGCAGACAUGCUUAUGUUCUUACAUCAUAGCUCUGAGUCAGGUGGACUGGAACAUGACAGUCGUGGCAUCAUGGCAGCAUAUUUCUGUUUUGUGCUGAUCGGUACAUUAUGUUGGCAAAUAGAGCUGCACAGAAUAUUUGCUUGACUGUGGACACAGCAACAUUGUGUGCAGUUUCCUGAAAGGACCAUUAUGUUGUUCUAAAUGGUUAAUUUUAAGACAACAGAAUACUGAAGUUUUGUGUCCUGCGGCUUGUGAUUAAAAAUGGACCUUCUGCUGUGGAUUAAAGACUUCUACAGGGAAAUUUUGAUUUGAAGAGCUCUAGAGGUAAAAGAUGAGGGGGUUUGAUGUUUAGCAGCCUAUGCUGCUAAUAAAACACAAGUUCAAAGUGCUCUUGAACACCAAAACCUAUCUCGUCUGUGCACAUGGAGUUUAUUUUCCACCAACAGGUUCAUGGUCUUUUCGUAGUGGAACGAAGUCUUUCACAGGUUCAACAAAUCCAAUUGCCUCACUCCCUUUCACUUUGUGAUGCAUUACUUGAGAUGGAUUCCUUCUCUUUCAACAGCUAAUGCAUUUGAAUCUUUAUAAUGCUCAGGAACUUCCCAUGUAGAAGGACGUGCUACUUACUGCCUCGUGCGAGAGCUUGAGGUAGGGUAGGUUAUCAUACCAAAUUUCCACAUACUUUUGGUACCGCCUAACCACAUUGAUCCGAGCUAGCGGGGAUGGUAGCACUUCACUGGUGCAAACGACAGUCGCUGCAUAUUCUGGUGCGCACCCUCUCUCUACUUUUGGAUAUGCGCACCAACUCUUUUUGCAAUGCACUCGCCAAAGAGAAUACUGAGGCAAAUGAGAUAUUUUUUGCGAGAGGGAAACAAGAUUUUAUGAGCCUUAUCACUGGAAUUCUUUUUAGACUGGCAAAUGGUUAAUUGAGGAAAGGAUCAUGGUGUCUUAAUGUCACUUUCCUUCGCAUUGCACAACUGCACAUGACGCCUAUAGGAAUAGGGGCACCCACCUACUAUAUCAGUGUGAAUCUGCACGCGGUCUCUAUCUCCAUUAUCUGUAACAACGGAUUUUUUUUAAAAAAAUUCUGCUGAUAACUUUGGCAAAUUCGUGUAUAAACUUGUUUCUGAAACUGGACUAAACGACUGGCAUUUUGCAGUCUUUGCCUAGCUUGCUUUUACAGUUCUCAGGGCAUUCACGGUGGGGGGUAUAUACCCCCAUAUGCUCCGUAGAAACUACUGCUGAGACCACUUGUUUUACGAUGAAAGCCACUUAAAAUAUGACCCACUGUAGCUUUUAACUAGGUCCCACAGAUUCCUCCUCUCUCCUCCCUCUCUCCGCAGCUCCCUCCUUUCUCUCUCUCACCUCGUUCUAGAUCCAGUUGGUGCUUGAGGCGGUGUCGGGCGCUUGGGGCAGCGGAGCCCGCUGCAGGCGGAGGUCGGGGAGGCGGCUGGCGGAGGUUUGGGACGACCACGACGACGGCGGAGGCGCCAGGUGUGGGCGGAGGUCGGGAGGGCCGCGGCGACGGUGGAGGCACCAGUUGUGGUGAUAGCUACAGGCGGAGGUCAGCGCGGCCGCGGCGCCAGCGGACGGAGGCAGCUAGAACUUGGGGCGGCGGCUAGCGGAGGUCGACGUGGCGGUCGGCCGAGCGUGGGCUGGCGGAUGCGUCGGCCGUCGGCUCAGCAGCACCACCCGCAGGCACGCGGCGUUCUUCGGCGCCCACUCGUUGUUCGACUUGGCACCGUCGUCUUCCAAGCGACACCACUUGCUGGAUCUGCCACUCCCACCAAGAGCUCGUCGCCUGGACGGAGUUCGAUGGGUCGUUGUCAACCGUCGCCACCUCAAGCCAACGACUUGGCGAUUCCGUCAACUCUUUCCCAUGCGCGCCCGGACCACACGGUGAGGACGUGAGCUCCUACAGUGCGCUACCCUAGCAUGUGCUUCACCGCGCUUGAGGCGGGGAUGCGCGAUUCUUCGCGAGGAGCCUAGUGUUUGCGGGGGAACGCAACUAGGCUGGGUGGCGCUCUCUCUCCUCCGUGACGGCCUGAGGCUCCAUGCCAUGGAAGAGCAUUGAGAAUGGCUUUUGACGUCUGUUAAUGGAGCUCAUCUUCUCUCCCUAAGAAGUAUAAGUAAUUUUAGUGGCGAUCAUUAGGUACAACAGCUCAACUAAGGGUCUCUUUGGGGAGCUUUUUCUAGUUACAAUUUUUCCCAAAAGCUGUAGCUGCCAGAAUCCAAAUGGUCCAUAACUUAGAGCAAGGAUAAUAAGAUAGCCAACUGCGGGCUAAAAGCCAUUGCCAUGUCACUUAUCAACGCUCUAAAAACUUACCCAAAUAAUGGGUUGGCUAUAAGCUGGCCGAUAGAUUGUCUAAUUGAAACAUCUAAGCAAUUAAUGCUUGCAUGUGUAAAGCCAAUCUCAAUGCAUGUUUUAUGAGGGUGUCCUGCACAUUAAAUAGGAUGUCACAUCAAUAAAAUGCUGAUUUGGUAGGGUCAUUAAAUAAGGGAAUUUUAUGAGACGAAAGAGGAGUUUCAUAGCAUCUUGCUCUGUUAUCUAGUUUACAGUCUUAGUAACUGCCAUAAAACUAUACAUUGAGACUGACCUAAAGGAUAUAUUGUGGUUGUAUAUCUAUGAGAAGAGAGGUUGAAACAUGGGAGGAAGGGAGCAGGGGAUCCAUGGGUGCAGAAGGCCGCCAGCUCAAUCAUCAGCGGCAGGCUAAAGAAUGGACAUUUUGCCUUGGUUAUGGCGUCGUGAGCUAGUGACUCGUGAAUCGCCCGCUUCCUUCUCUCUCGAUUUCUCACUCCUCCAUGUUGGAUUCUGAUAAUGUGGCUGUUUAUUUCGCCAGUUGACUGUGCAUUACUAUACUUGCUCUUAUGAGAAUUUGUAGCUACAGAUUUUGAAAAAUGA